UUAGUUCGUCGUGGCUUCCACCACUCAUUGCGCCAAACCUCGGCUAAAGAAGCGAGUCGACCAAUCGGAAGGAUGGAGGCGCGGGUAACAGACAACUCAGGUGCUGCGAGCAAUGCUGCCUCGAGCAGUUUGCAACGGAGAAGCGUGGCAGUUGCCACCAUCAUGUUGUUUCCAACCAAGAUGGAGGCGAGGGCGUCUGUUGCUGUUGCCGCAGGAGGAUUCAGACAAGGAUGGGCGAGAGUCGGCCGCAUGGUCUACCAUCCGGCAGAUGUUUACCCGACCGAGGUCGAACUCAGGGAGGACCAAGGAACCCUUGAGGACCCGCCGCGAGUUUACUCGUUCGUGACUACGACCAUGAAGCUGGUACUGAGCAUCAGUUUCUUCCCUCUCAGAAAGAUGCACUGGAGGGAUAUAGGGGUCAUCGACGACGUCAAGGACGAGACAAUCUAUUACAAGUUCGAGGAUGAGAUCAUGUGGUUGUCCCUGCGCAUUACGCGGAACCACCACGCUCGGCAGGGGCCAUUUGUGUACAUUCAACACUAUGACCGCGUAGGUGCAUUUGAUGUCGGUAUCCGUGUACUGCGGUCCCUUCCUUCAACGGCUGUUCCAAUGGAGGUGGCUACUUGGGAAGGAGGGUUUCCUCUCUCGAAGACAUUGUGGGGAAGAUCAAGGUCAAACAUGAUGCUGAUGAGGCGAGAGAACGGGCGUCCCGUGGAGAUGAAGAACGAAAGAAGCGCGAGCGUGGGGGAGGAAGAGAGACGAUUGUGGGAUAAGAAGAAGCGAGAGGAGUUCCAGGUACAAAUGAAUAAAGAGGUGUCCGUGAAGCUUGAUCGUGUGUAUGAGGUUAUCAACGGGAAGAAGAGUGUGGAAAAUGACAAAGUAGCCAAGUUGAAGGCGCGUAUCGAUGAGCUUCAAAAGUGGUCUGCUGUCGCUAGUACUUCGUCUGAUGCUGCGAGGCCUUCGUCCGAUGUUGAGGAGGUAGCUCGUCUUCGAAGUGAGCAGUUUGAGCUCAAGAAGGCUACGGAUAAACGCCUUGCCGCUAUGGAGGAGGUUAUCCACGCCCUACAAAGGCAGUGCGAAGAGGCAAAGGCGAAUGCCAAAACCUGGAAGGCGAAGGCGUUACGUCCAGGGAACAAGAGUGGGGUGGUGGUGAUUGGCCCCACUCCAGCAACGCAAACAUGAGUUAGACCUCGGCUGACACCCGCUGCGACCCCAUAUACGGUAGGAAGGGUUGACGGAUGUCUGAAGGGGGUUGUAGAACGCCAUCAGAAGGAGGUUGAAAUCUUGAAAAAGAUGCGGCUAAGGGAAGU